ACUCUCGUAGCAUCUUCCUUUGUGUUCCGUUUCCGUGGCGGCAAGCAGCGUCCAACGCAAGAGAAAAGACCCAUUUAAUCCUCUCUCUAGCCACGCUUAAUCCAGCGAUUUCGUGUCGUCGUCUACGAUUUCUCCCUUAUCCAGCUCGGCCUCUGCUAAAUCGUAUUUUCGCUUGUUGAUCUUGGGAAAUCUAGUUGCGAGCUUUGGUAAAGUUUCCGCCUUUGACGGAGAAGAGAUGGAUGGUGCUGGCUUUCAGAGUGGAGGAUGGCGACGGAGGAAGAGGGGCUCUAGGAUUGGGUUUGGAGGUUCCGGUAGAUUGGUUACUUCUUCGCUUCCGAAACUCGGGCUUGACCAUCCGCGUGAUGGGAGCUAUUUUAAUGUAGAAUCAGAUUCUACUAGCAGCAGUGGGUAUCGAACCGAAGAAAGUUCAAGUUCAGACAAGCAAGCAGAUAGAGGACAAAUAAGUAGGGAAAUGGCUGAAAAGUUAGCAAAUGCAGAAGAUACUAAAUACUGUUUACCAAGCAUGAUUGAAAAAUUAAUGCAUGCUGAUGACCUGCAUAGUGCAGGAAUAAUCCGUAAGAAACAGAGGACAAUAUGCUCUUGGGGUUUGACAAAGAUGGAUAAGGGCAAUACAAAUCCAAUUCAAACAUCUUUCAUGAACUUACAAAAAACCAAAGUGAAUUUGGUUUCUAGGCAACAUAAAUGUGUUGGUCCAAUAGGUUUCCCGGUUAAUGAACCAUUAUGUGGCCGAGAACAGUCUAGCAAUUAUUUGGAGGAACAAAGCUUCGCCGGAGACAACAUAAACUCUGUUAGGGAAAGAACUUCCUGCCUAUUCAGUCAGUCUCUUAAAGAACAUAGUCAAUUUAGGUUAGCAAAAUUGCAGUAUACAGGCAAAAGCUUCCCACGUAUCCAUCCAAGUCAAGUCAGCAUGUUGAAGCACAAUUUAAAGAAAGAUUAUAAAACGGGUGGUGAUGUUUUGCUUCCAAACCAAUCUGCAAAUCUGCAACUUAGUAACAGAGCACAGGAAACUAGAUUGAGGUUCAUAGAAUUCCAUUCUAAAGGAAGGGGCCAUCUUAGUGUGCCCAGCAAUAUGAAAAAGUUUGUCAGUAAGACAAGGAAUUCAAGAGAAGUUGCCAAAAGUGUCAAAAAGCUUGUGGGGCAGUCCGUGGAUGUUGGCACUAGGACACCCGGCUCACUUGGCUUGGGCUCAAGGUAUGAGUCUAAUGAUGAUUUCAGAAUUUUUACAAAAAAGUUGUACUCAAGGCACAAAAAUUACUAUUCUUAUAGUCGAAGUUUCACAAGGAAUGGCAUCAUGCGCAAUAGGGAGAAGCUUCAACAUAAGCUACCUUCAUAUGACCUGCAAGUGUGUGAAGAUGGGAAGGUACCUGAGCUUGACCUUCCUGGCUCGGCUAUUGCAGCUGUUUCUGAUGAUGGGAACCUGGAUGAUGUGGAUAUUCUGUUGCCAAAUAUUAGACAUAUGGAUGAAGAAGCUAGAAUAGAUACACACUCAAUAAAGAAUGAAGAUAAUAUCAGCAGUCAUCCAGAGGUUCUUGGUCAGGCCCAAAUUUCCAAAUCAAAUACGGAAGUUACAUGCGACGACAAUUCAGAAGUUCUCAGACUGCCUAAUGUAGAUGUUGAAAAUCUUAGAUCGCUUCAACAGAGUGAGGACUUAAGGGAGUUUGUUAACGAAAGGGUCAGGGAUUCCUACCUGCUUGACAUAUUCUUACAUCCUGGUGCUUGUUGUGCUAAGAAAAGGAAGCUUUUUGAUGCAAACUACUUGAUGGAAUGUGGUACUGGCACAGGUCUGUUUGAAAAACUCGAAAAGAAGUACAACACGCCUGUCUCAUGGUCAAGUUCAGAAAGAAAGCUAAUUUUUGACCUUCUAAUCUCCAUCCUUGCUGAAAGCCUGUCUGAUUGUGUGUACCUGCAUCCAUGGACAAACUCAACUCGUAAGAUCGAGCCUAUCUUGUGUUUUCAAGGAACGAUUGAGAAUACAGUACAACUUUUAAAUAGAAAACACAGAGAACUUUGUUUAGGAAAUGCAGAAGAAAUGGUGCUGGAUACCAAAUGGUUAGAUUUGGGAAAUGAUAUCCAUGAAAUGGGAAAAGAUAUAGCACAGAUGCUGCAGGAAGAACUCCUAGAUGAUCUUGUUUCAGAAUUCAUCUCAUGUUACGAUGGUUUUUGCUAGGAAAUGCUUACAUACGGUGGGAGUUUUUCAAUUACCAGAAAGGUUUGAAUCGGUCAUUCCAGUUGAGUCGAGAGGAUGCCUAUGGGUCGAUCAUGAUGAUCAAUAAGCGCUGGGGUUACCGGAGUCGAGUCAUCUUGCUCGUCUAUAGGUGUUAAGGUCCAACAAUCAUGCCAAAUUGUUAAGGUCUAUAGGUGUUAAGGUCCAACAAUCAUGCCAAAUUGUUAAGGUCUAUAGGCAUGGCUAUUUUUUUCUCUCCUUGUGAUACUUUUAUAGUGAGCAUUUGGAAGCCAAUUUGGUAAGAGUACCAGAGGUUUUUUUUGUCCGUUUUAGGAAAUAGUUGUCGCUAGGUAUUUAGGAUUGCUUGAUUGUUUGGUUAGCAAUAGCUAUGCUUAGUCUCUCUUGUAUUUGUUCUACCACCAAUUCUUCAUAGAAAAUAAUAAUAAUCAUAAUAAUGAAAAAAAGAGAUGGAUUGGAAUUGUUGAAA